AAUGAAAUGUCGUCUCAUAGUGGCUCCUUUGUGCAAAUCAAGUUCGAAGACAUCCAUUUCUUUGAAAAUUGUGGCGGCGGCAGCUUUGGGAGCGUGUAUCGGGCCCGGUGGAUCUCCCAGGACAAAGAGGUGGCUGUGAAAAAGCUGCUUAAGAUAGAGAAUGAGGCUGAAAUCCUUAGUGUUCUCAGCCACCGCAACAUCAUCCAGUUUUACGGCGCUGUCGUUGAGGCUCCCAACUAUGGAAUUGUCACUGAAUAUGCCAGUGGUGGUUCACUGUAUGAUUACCUGUCAUGCAAUGAGAGUGAAGAAAUGAACAUGGAGCACAUUAUGACCUGGGCGACUGAGAUCGCCAGAGGAAUCCACUAUUUACACUCAGAAGCCCCUGUAAAGGUGAUCCACAGAGAUCUGAAGUCAAGGAAUGUUGUUAUAACGGCAGAUAAAGUCCUUAAGAUUUGUGAUUUUGGGGCCUCCAAAUUUCUUACCCACACGACACACAUGUCUUUGGUGGGCACCUUUCCCUGGAUGGCGCCUGAGGUCAUCCAGAGUCUGCCAGUGUCUGAAACCUGUGACACAUUCUCCUACGCCGUGGUGCUUUGGGAAAUGUUGACACGUGAAGUACCAUUCAAAGGUCUGGAAGGCUUACAAGUGGCCUGGCUUGUAGUGGAAAAAGAGGAGAGGUUGACUAUACCCAGUGGCUGUCCUGCCAGCUUUGCAGAGCUGAUGAGGGACUGCUGGGUGACAGAUCCAAAAAGGAGGCCAACGUUCAAGCAGAUCAUGUCGACUUUGGAGGCCAUGGCGAACGACAGCCAACUUCCUCAACAGUGCAACUCUUUCCUCCACAACAAGUCUGAAUGGAGAGGUGAGAUUGAAGCCACACUGGACAGGCUGAAGAAGCUAGAAAGGGACCUGAGUAGCAAAGAACAGGAACUGAAGGAGAGAGAGCGACGUCUGAAAAUGUGGGAGCGCAAACUCAUUCAGCAGUCCAACAGUCCGCUGCUGCCCACUCUUGACAUCUACACGUGGACAGAGGAGCAUGUGUAUUUCUGGAUGCAGCAAAUAUUUGGUGAAGAAGUUAACGCAUGUGGAAUGCACUUGUAUGCGGACCUAUUUCGAGACAAUCACAUUACGGGAAAGAGGCUUUUAUUACUGUCGGAAAACGACAUGCGGGACAUGGGUAUCAAGUCCAAAGGUCAUGUCAUGCACCUGAAGAGUGAAAUUGAAAAGCUCACCAAUGACUACCUCGGGCUGGUCCACUUCCCACCACUGCUCAAGGAGGCGCUUGAAAAUGAGGUGGAAAUGAGUAAAAGUGUUCAUCUCGAACUUGUCUUUGGAUACCACUGGAAGCCAGGCACUGGAAAAUCAGACUGCAAGUGGAAAAUGUUCCUGGAACUUGACGGCGACGACGUAGCCUUGACUUACAUUAAAGAUGUCAUCUUCACCCCCAAUCGACAGGAUGUGGAACCCAUGCGCAUGACUAAGCUGCCAUUCGUGAUGGACAAAUGGAUCGUUGGGAUACAGCCCAACCAGAGAGUGGACUACACCGUCAGCUAUAAGAGUAAUGUCAAGUCACCAAAAUCAACUAAACACGGCUUCCCCAUGACAUGGUGUCAGUCUGGUGGACAGGACGAGAUCAAAACAGUGGAGCUCGUUAUUGAACCUACACCUGUUCACUUUGACUUGAGCCCCAGGAGCAGGUCUAACUCUGAUAUCGAUCAGGCUUGGAUGCGCAGCGUUCGGUUGCGGCAGCUCGUUAGGCAUAAAACACAGCAGCCCAACCCCGCUCUCCCCACCUUCACCAGCUCAGGAGCCUGCACGCUUCCUCAGUUCCUCUCUGCGCACGAAAGCCAAGCGUCGUCUUACGCGGCAGCGGCGCGCCGCUCGCCCGUCCGCCCCUGCGCCAACCCUUGGAACGACUCUCGCAGCUCCUCGCCAACCGCCGGGCUGUCGGCCAAACUGUCGCCGCUCUAUUUGGGGUCAAAGGGCAGCAGCCCGUGCAGCACAACGUCAGAGAGCAUGUCUGAGAGGGAGCGGCCCCUCAGCGCGGGGAUAGUGCAGGAGUACCGAAGACGGGGCUUUUUCAGCAGUGCGGCAAGUCCGGGGAGGGGCAGUUUGAGAGGAGGCCAAAGUACCAAUAAAACCAACAAAAGCCCUCGACAGCCCGGGAGGCCGCGAUCCAACAGUUAUGGUGCCGCACCACAGAACCACCCACGCAUCAUUCCCGGUAUAUUGUCGGUGAGCGAAAACCCCAACGAGGAAAAUGAGGACACCAAAUCUGGAAACGACGGCGGCUGGAUCAAAGUGGAACGCCAUAAAAAAUUACCGCGACAGGACAAUAAAUCGGUUAGAGGUCGGCCGAGGAGAGGAGGACGGGGAGGGCGGGGUUCUGGGGGGAGGACUUAA